CUUUCCGACAAUGAUUCAACGUACCCUGGGUCGGUCGACGAUGCCAGCUAUACCGAAAGUGUCACGUCAAGUGCUUUGAAAUACCGGUCUUUUCGCUCAUUCUUUAGAACGGCCGCAGGUACCAUUCAUACCAUGAAGGAGGAAUACGUCUUACCAAACGACGAACAAGAGCAAGAUCGUCUGGAUCUGAGUCACCACCUUUACUUGAUGCUCCUCAAAGGUGAACUUUACCAAGCUCCAAUCAAGAAUCCGAGAAGGGUACUGGACCUGGGGACAGGAACAGGGAUAUGGGCGAUGGAUUUUGCAGAUGCGCAUCCAGACUCAGAGGUUGUCGGAAUCGAUCUCAGCCCCAUCCAACCCUCGUGGGUACCGCCGAAUUGUCGCUUUGAGAUAGACGAUUUUGAACAAGAGUGGUCAUACAACCACGGCUUCGAUUACAUUCACGGUCGAGAGCUCGAAGGCUGCAUCCGAGACCACGACCAGUUAUUUCGAAGAGCAUUCGAAAACCUCAACCCAGGCGGGUGGCUCGAAAUGGCCACCAUCGAAGUCAACACACUCUCCGACGACGGAACCCAUCUCAACGUCCCCUGCUUACUAGAUGUCGUCAAAUACGUCAGAAUAGCGUCAAAGAAAUUCGGGAAAGAUAUGGCCUCGGUGAGCACAUGGAAGACCCGCCUCGAAACAGCCGGGUUCACCAACGUCACGGAAAACAUCAUGAAGCUUCCUCAAAAUCCAUGGCCAAAAGACGCGAAACUGAAAGAGCUCGGGCGCUACCAUCAGCUUAAUCUGCUGGAGGCCAUGCCACCCUACACAUAUGCAUUGUUCACACGAAUGCUGGGCUGGAAGCGCGUGCAGAUCGAGACUCUGCUGGCUGGAGUCCGACACGAACUCAAAGACACGUCAAACCAUAUAUACACCAAAGUCUAUAUCGUCUACGGCCAAAAGCCGGAAUGA